AUGCAGUCGUCGCGCGUCGCACGGGUCCUGGCGACGGCCGCCAGCCGCUGCUCCACCUACCUGCGCCGCGGUCAGGGCGCGGCGGCGGCGUUGCCCUUAGCCGGUGCCCCCCCCAUGCCAGCCCCAGCUGCCUCCCCCCUGACGGUAGCGGCAGCGCAAGCAGCUGUCUCCUCUCGCCUCUUCUCCACGGCUCUCAACAUCCAUCGCGACUCGCCAGACAACAACCUCGAGACGCCCUUCGAGUUCUCCCCCCUAACCCUGAAAAAGGCGAAUGAGAUCAUAUCGCACUACCCCGCCAACUACCGCCAGUCCGCCGUCAUCCCCAUCCUUGAGAUCGUGCAGCAGCAGAACGGGGGGUGGCUCACCGUUGCCGCCAUGAACAAGGUGGCGAACCUAUUGGGCAUGCCCUACAUUCGCGUGUAUGAGGUUGCGACUUUCUACACCAUGUUCAACAGACAACCGGUGGGCAAGUACCAUCUGCUCGUCUGUGGCACCACGCCAUGCAUGCUGCGGGGCGCAAGGGAUAUCGAGGCUGCUUUGCUCAAGCACCUGGGCGUUGAGAGGAACGAGUUGACCAAGGAUGGGCUCUUCUCAGUGGGCGAGAUGGAGUGCAUGGGCUGCUGUGUGAACGCGCCUAUGAUCACAGUGGCCGAUUACAGCAACGGGGUGGAGGGCUUCACUUACAACUACUACGAGGACCUUACUCCCGAGUCAGUGGUGGCGAUAGUGGAGGCACUCCGGCGAGGGGAGAAGCCCAAGGCGGGCCCUCAGAUUCCGAAUCGCAUCCGCUGUGCUCCAGAGGGCGGCCCCACCACCCUGACUGGCAAGAUCAAGCCACCGCCCUGCCGUGACCUCGAUGCGUGCUAA